AUGAUGAUUCUGGCUAUGGAAGGAAGAGAAAGAAGUCGGCGUAUUAGCUCAGACACAUCUUCUGCAGAUUUAUGCCAGAAAAGUCAAGAGCUCGAGGAAGGCAGAUGCCGAGUGUUCGAUUGCAUUCCCAUCAACUACAGCUCUCCUCAGGCGGAAGAAAUAGGGCCGCGAAAAUACACAACAUCCCCCGAGCUAUCCAUAUCCGAAACGAAACGAACCAUGGACAGAACGCUGAAUACACCCGGGACCGAGGACAGCAGCAUCCAGCGUCAGCACCAGGAAACGUAUCCUGCACAUGUGCAACGCAGCAUGCAGUAUCGUAUCGCCGAAGCCAAGGUCCCCGAACUCGCGAGGAGAUCAGGGACGCUAUUUGCGACUAUCCCCGUUCCCAUGGUCCAUAUCGAUCACAGGCGUACCUCAUGGAUUCAAGGCUCCACGCUGGCCCCGUUUGCCGACCACCUGGUGUCUACACACACCAGCAAGCCCCAAACCACGGAAGUGUGGGCCACUAUCCACCCUGGCCCUCACUACAUUGGCAGUGUAGGGUCGCGCCGGCGUGCCCAGUGGGACCGGGGCCAAUCACUUGUGGCGCAACAGAGGGGCCUAGCAUGCCCACCCGAUGCUGUCGGGGGCGUGCCCACUCGAACCCAUCACGAAUCUGAUGGUGAUUAUAUUCCGGCCGUCCGCGGUCGACAACACAACAUAUAUGGCGCUAUUGGCACACCUGUCCCAAAGAGAGUGUGA